UGCAAACAAGGUGCAACGCCUGCACGUGAGGCGCCGACGCUGGCUCCUAUCACUGACCUGCCUGACUCACCAGCGCCACCUGUCCUGCCCGUCCUGCUUGUUCCGGUGGCCGCCGUACCGCCCAGUGAGGCUCCGGUUGUUGCGCCGCCCCCUGCUGGCCACGAGUUGGCGGUGCCUGCCGUGGUGCCCCCUGCUGGCCACGCGUUUCUGGACACUGCUGCAUUGCCCCCUGCUGGCCAUGAGUCGGCCCCGCCUGCUACCACCGCUCUGCCCGAGGCGGCCCCUGCUGCGGCUCCGCCCGUCCUGCCUGUCUCGCCGGCUCCGCCCGCUGCUCUGCCUGAGCCUCCACCCGCAGCUGCACCCGGGGCUCCUGCGACGGCCCCGCCUCCUGCUGCACCCAAAGCACCUGUUACAGCCUUGCCUCCACUCGCGCUGAAGGUCCCGGCGCUGCUUGCAGCUCCGCCCGCGCCCGACGCUCCACUCGUGGUUCCACCUGCUACUCCGUCUGAGGUCCCGGCGCCGCCUGCAGCUCCGCCCACGCCAGAGGUCCCGGCUACACCCGUGGUCCCUGCUACGGCUUCGCCCGAGGCCCUGGCUCCUGCUCCGGCUCUGCCUGCGCCUGAUUUCCAGGCUCCGCCCUUGCCUGAUGCCCCGGCCCAGUCUCUUCCUGUCCCAGUCCCUGCUCCAGUCCCCCCAGCACUGGUCCCAGUCCCCGAGGAGGUCCCAGACAGUCUGACCACCACUCCUUCCUCCUUGGAGGAGGAGGAGCUCGAGUGGGAUCCCUUGGGGACCUCCCUAAUGACUCCUUUGCCCUUGCCCCAGCGACGCCGACACCCGCCAAGACCCCAUCUUUCGGUGUCCCAAAAGGGGAGAGGACACAAGCACAGGGGCGCCUGGAUUGCCCAUUGCCUGCGGGUCCCUCUCCGAUGCCUCUUCGCCUGGCCUCGGUCCCGCCUCCGACUCCUCGUCUGUCACCUGCGGGUCCCCCUGCUCCGGUGCGUCGCUGGAUGGCACCUUUGCCAGCUGUGA